UUUAUAUAAACGUACCCUGAUUCUGAUUGGAUGACUCUGCGUGUCACGUGACGUGUUUUACCGCUGUCAACAUGGCCGCCGAGGAUCUGCCGUCUGAAUUUGACGUCGUCAUUUUGGGCACAGGUCUUGCUGAGUCGGUCGUAGCAGCGGCUUUCUCCAGAGUCGGCCAGAGAGUUCUUCACAUCGACAGGAGGAGUUAUUAUGCUGCUAACUGGGCCAGCUUCACCUUUAACUCUCUACUGACCUGGAUACAGCAGCACCAUGAGGAGCCUCAGCCAGAAGAGCUUCAGGAUUGGUCCAGCCUGUUGGAGGAAGGGGAGGAGCUGAUCUACCUGUCAAACUCUGACUCUGCCUCCAUCAGAAACGUGCAGGUGUUCUGCUUCACCAGUGAAGAAGACGAAGAGGAGGGAGCUCCAAGCACCAAAGAAGACGACCGAGGAGCAGCCGAUGGAGACGCUGUUAAAGAAACGCCAGAAAGUCAAUCUGCAGAUGCAAAAGAUAAAGCAAAAAAACAAAAAGCAGAGGAGGAGGAGGAGGAGGAGGAGGAAGAACAGGCCUCCCAAACAAAGGGGGAGGAGCUGUCCGCUGCUCAGAGCCAAUCGGAAGCAACCAGGAAGAAGAUCAGCUACGCUCAACUGGUGAAGGAAGGACGCAGGUUUAACAUCGACCUGGUCUCCAAGCUGUUAUACUCUCGCGGCUCAUUGGUCGACCUGCUCAUCAAAUCAAAUGUCAGUCGCUAUGCAGAGUUCAAGAACGUCACCAGGAUACUCACGUAUCGCCAUGGAAACGUGCAACAGGUGCCCUGCAGCAGAGCUGAUGUGUUUGCGAGUCGUCAGCUGUCUGUUGUCGAAAAGAGGAAGUUGAUGCGUUUCCUGACUUCUUGUGUCGAGGAAACGGACGAGCAGCGAGCUUACAAAGCUCGUCCAUAUUUGGAGUUCCUGUAUGACCAGCGGCUUGGUGAGAACUUGCAGCACUUCCUGUUCCACUCUAUCGCCAUGGCAACAGAAGACACAACCACAGAGGAGGGCCUCGCCUCCACGCGACACUUCCUGCGCUGCCUGGGUCGCUAUGGAAACACACCCUUCCUGUUUCCGGUCUACGGCCUUGGAGAGAUACCCCAGUGCUUCUGUCGGAUGUGUGCUGUGUUUGGAGGAAUCUACUGUCUGAGACAUUCAGUCAACUGUCUGCUGGUGGAAAAGGACACAAACCGGUGUAAGGCAGUGAUUGACAGCCGAGGACAGCGAAUUAGCUGCAGACAUUUUGUUGUGGAGGACGGCUUUGUGGCAGUGGAUCGUAAGAAGCGGGCCACACCCCCCAGGUUUCUCUCCAGAGCCGUUCUCAUAACUGACAGCUCUAUUCUGCCCAGUAGCUCUGACCAACAGGUCUCCAUGGUAACGGUUCCUCCUGUAGCAGCAGGUUGUCCCACGGUGAGGAUGGUGGAGCUCUGUCCGUCCACCAUGACCUGCAUGGCAGGAACACAUUUGGUCCACCUCACCUGUCAGUCAGUUGGCUCCGCCUUUGAGGAUCUGUCACCGUUGGUUACCACAAUGUUCCGCACUACAGAGUCACCUGACCGAGAGACAAGUCCGUCCGUCCUCUGGUGUCUCUACUUCAACAUGGCUGACGGCUCGGGGUUGGACGUCAAAGGUCACGACCUUCCGUCCAAUGUGUUUGUGUGCUCCGGCCCCGACGGAGGUCUGAGUCACGAGCACGCCGUCCGACAGGCUGAGUGGAUUUUUAAGCAAAUUCUUCCUGAAGAAGAUUUCUGUCCUCCAGCUCCGAAUCCCGAAGACAUAAUCUACAACGGAGAAAACGCCUCCUCUACAGGAGAGGAGGAGGAGGAGGAGGAGGAGGAACAAAACAAGCAGGGGGAAGGAGGAGAGGAAUGGAAGGAGGAGGGGAAAGAAGAAGGAGUGAAGCAGCAGGAGGAGGAGAGGAGGGAUUAG